ACAACGGAGGUGAAAGUUCAGCAGUGCGCCUUGUAAAAUGGCGGCUGAAUUGACCAGAGAGUGGAGCGAUGAGCAGCUCAAAAGUGAUGAUCUAUCCAAAAAAGACGUUAUUAAGUUCAUUCAGGACAAUGCGGCCCACUCGUUUCUUGCCGAGCACAAGCUGAUGGGAAAUAUCAAGAAUGUUGCCAAAACGGCGAAGAAAGAGCAACUGAUUAUUGCCUACAACGACUUGUUUGAGAGCAAGAGGUUUUUAGGGUCGGAACCCAUUGAAGAUGUGACAGAGCAUGUGAAAAAUGUGAAGAUUGACGACAAGCCCAAAGAAGUCGUGGAUGUCGUGGAUGAGGGUCCUCCUAAGUUCUUUAAGUCUGUGCUGAAGAAAGGAGACAAGACUAACUUCCCUAAGAAGGGAGACAAUGUGAGCUGUUGGUACACUGGCUCCCUGGAGGAUGGCACAGUGUUCGACACCAACAUCCCUGCAACUGCCAGAAAGAAGAAACAGAGCAAGCCACUGAGCUUCAAAGUUGGCCUGGGCCGGGUCAUCAGAGGGUGGGAUGAAGGCAUCCUAACGAUGAGCAAAGGGGAGACGGCCAAACUGGAGAUUGAACCAGAAUGGGCCUACGGGAAGAAGGGACUUCCUGACUCAAAAAUCCCACCCAACGCAAAGCUGAUCUUCGAGGUCGAGCUGGUGGCUGUCGAUUAACGGCAGAAACCGACUCAGCAUGCACUUCUCUCCGUGGACGGGGAAGACGCAGUAGUCACCAGAUGGCCAUGCGCAAAAGGACAGAAGUGGCUUUCAUUGUCAGAACUUUGAAGAAAGAAUCUGUAAUAUAUUUUCUUAAUUUACGUUUAAGGUUAGUCUGGUUGUUUCAAGUCUUUUUCUGCUUAAGCCAAGUCCUUUAUCAUUGUCUUGGCAUGUUUGGCAUAUUGUCUGAAGCAGGAACAGACAUGGGACCAGGUUAGGGUUAUUAGUGCUGAGUUAAGUAGGUGCUUUACUUCUGUCCUUUCCAGCAUGGCCAGAUAGUGACGACUGGGCAACACUGUACAGACGGGGCAUCCUUUCUGACAAGUUACACACCGCAGAGUAAAGCCUCUCAGGAUAUUCUGUUUUAUUCCUGUUUUUUUUGUUGUUUUUAUUGCAUGUAUAAUGUUCUUGUAAAGAUUAAACCAAUUUUGGAGACUAAAUUGUCA